AGCUGCGCGAGGCUGGGCGGCCCCCGCCACAUCCUCCUCCUGCUCCCGGGCCGAGCCAGCUAGCGGGGCCGGGGCCGAGCCGAGGGCUCCGAGGGCGCGGGCGGAGCGGGGCACGGAGCCAUGGCGCAUCAGACGGGCAUCCACGCCACCGAGGAGCUGAAGGAGUUCUUUGCCAAGGCGCGGGCUGGCUCUGUCAGGCUCAUCAAAGUCGUCAUCGAGGACGAGCAGCUCGUGCUGGGGGCGUCGCGGGAGCCGGCGGGCAGCUGGGACCAGGACUACGACCGGGCUGUGCUGCCGCUCCUGGACGCCCAGCAGCCCUGCUACCUGCUGUACCGCCUGGACUCGAAGAAUGCCCAGGGCUUCGAGUGGCUCUUCCUUGCCUGGUCGCCUGACAAUUCCCCCGUGCGGCUGAAGAUGCUGUACGCCGCCACCCGGGCCACGGUGAAGAAGGAGUUUGGGGGCGGCCACGUGAAGGACGAGCUCUUCGGGACCGUGAAGGACGACCUCUCCUUCGCCGGGUACCAGAAGCACCUGUCCUCCUGUGCGGCGCCCGCCCCGCUGACCUCGGCCGAGAGGGAGCUCCAGCAGAUCCGCAUCAACGAGGUGAAGACCGAGAUCAGUGUGGAGAGCAAGCACCAGACCCUGCAGGGCCUUGCCUUCCCGCUGCAGCCAGAGGCCCAGCGGGCGCUUCAGCUGCUCAAGCAGAAGACGAUCAACUACAUCCAGCUGAAGCUAGACCUGGAGCGGGAGACAAUCGAGCUGGUGCACACAGAGCCCACGGACGUGGCCCAGCUGCCCUCGCGGGUGCCCCGAGAAGCCGCCCGCUACCACUUCUUCCUCUACAAGCACACCCAUGAGGGCGACCUGCUCGAGUCUGUGGUGUUUAUCUACUCAAUGCCGGGGUACAAGUGCAGCAUCCGCGAGCGCAUGCUCUACUCCAGCUGCAAGAGCCGCCUCCUCGACUCCGCGGAGCAGGACUUCCAGCUGGAGAUCUCCAAGAAGAUCGAGAUCGGGGACGGGACCGAGCUGACGGCCGACUUCCUGUACGACGAGGUGCACCCCAAGCAGCACGCCUUCCGGCAGGCCUUCGCCAAGCCCAAGGGCCCCGGGGGCAAGCGUGGCCACAAGCGCCUCAUCCGGGGCCCCGGCGAGAAUGGGGAUGACAGCUAGGCGGCGGGGCCCCAGCCGUGCCCGACGUGGGACUGCGAGGCGGCCCGC